AAGAAAACUACAGCGAUGUUUAAGACUAAACUCCACGAAAACACAGCUGCUUUAAUUCAUUCAUUUCACCUGCAUCACUCUGAAAGCACUGCUGCCGCCGGAGCGGAGGCUCGGGCAAUGGAGCUUUCACUUUCCGCUGUAAUCAGUAGCAGAGAUGGCGCUCCCCCUUUCCUUCCCCCUCCUCAAAGCCUCCAAUCCCUCCACUUUCCACCACCAUCUUCAUCGUCAUCCUCUCCUUCCUCCUCCCUCCUUCCUCACCCCCCUAAACCUGCCCGAUGCUCACCACUCAAGAGAUUCAAACCCCUCCUCCCCGCGACUUCCCCGAGGAGGCCCUUCCGUUCUGCCGUCGCAUGCUCCGGCGGCAGCACAGCACCCGCAGGGGACCUAUCACCUGCGAGAGCUCUGAGGCGGAUUCUGGAGCUGCCCGGAGUCCACCAGGGCCCCGCCUGCUUCGACGCCCUCAGCGCCAAGUUGGUCGAGAGGGCUGGCUUCGAUUACUGCUUCACCAGUGGAUUUUCGAUUUCGGCUGCGAGGUUGGGGCUGCCGGAUACAGGGUUGAUUUCCUACGGGGAGAUGGUGGAUCAGGGGCAGCAGAUUACAAGAGCUGUUUCCAUUCCUGUCAUUGGAGAUGCUGAUAAUGGCUAUGGGAACGCGAUGAACGUCAAGAGGACUGUGAGAGGAUAUAUUAGAGCUGGCUUUGCAGGAAUCAUUUUGGAAGAUCAGGUGUCUCCGAAAGCUUGCGGUCAUACUCGUGGCAGGAAAGUGGUGUCUAGAGAAGAAGCGAUCAUAAAAAUUAAAGCAGCUGCUGAUGCUCGGAAGGAGACUGGCCUAGACAUUGUUAUCGUGGCACGAACUGAUUCCCGCCAAGCUAUCUCUUUGGAAGAGGCACUGUGGAGGUCACAAGCUUUUGCUGAUGCUGGAGCAGAUGUCCUUUUCAUUGAUGCCCUGGCUUCAAAGGAAGAGAUGAAGGCUUUUUGUGAAAUCGCUCCUUAUGUCCCUAAAAUGGCCAAUAUGCUUGAAGGCGGUGGGAAGACACCAAUAUUCAAUCCUCUUGAGCUCGAUGAAAUUGGAUAUAAGCUAGUGGCUUAUCCUCUUUCCUUGAUCGGGGUGUCCAUACAAGCAAUGCAGGAUUCACUUAGAGCAAUCAAAGGAGGACGAAUUCCACCUCCUGGAAGCAUGCCUUCAUUUGAAGAAAUCAAGGAAAUCUUGGGAUUCAACAUCUAUUAUGAGGAAGAAAAGCAGUAUGCUACCAGCUCCAGUCAACUACCUUCGCAGAGAGUGAGCAGCGAUUCAUAUAGAUUGCAGCAGAGGUCUCAAGAAGGCAGUGAGCAGAGGGUUGACAUUGUCCGAGAUCCCAUCAUUGAAGUAAUAAAUCCCAGAGUGUAUGACAACUAUGGAGGAGAUGGGUCACGAGAUGCCUUUUCUGGAAUAUGGUCUCGAAAGUUAAGAGUUAGAAUAACUGGAAGAGAUGGAUUCGAGAGACUUGAUGUUAGAAUUCCUGCCGGAUUCUUGGAUGGAAUCACAAAUAUAAUACCAGCUGCUGACGCUGCCCUCUCAAGGCCACAUCCCAAAUUGUGAGAUUAUCUUAAAUCGAGGCCAAUCUUGUGUAACCCAACCCAGGCCCAAAUGACAUGAGUUUGGUCAACGCAAAGCUAAUUUAAGCUCCAGUGGAUAGAUCAAAGUUAAAAAUUGGCUUCACGGCUAGGCUAAUCUUGGCCUAGGUGGCUUGAUCUCAUUAUGGACUAGAUUUUCCUGAUUGCAAUUGGGUGAGUGGAAGCUGUCAGCAAUCUUGUGUAGUGGUGGUGACUGCCAGGUGGCCAAUAUGGCUUUGGCAAGAUGGCUGAAGCACCGGCUAAGCAGUGGCUUAGGGGGCCAGUGACAUCUCUAUGGUUCUGUGAAAAUAAAUUGCAGGAUGAAGUUUGACCCUUAAAAUGGGUAAAAAAAUCUGUUUUGUGAAAACAAACCAAGAAACAAUGUUUGAAAAUGAAAAUUUUGGGAACUAUCCUAAAUGCCUCCUCACCUUUUUAUUAUAA